AAAAUGGACCCAAAUGUUUUCCACUUUAGCCAUCCACAUCCUUUGGAAUGUACCACCCCACCCUCCACAAAAAAUGUAACCUGCUUUGGAUGCAAGCUAGAAGUUAACCACGGUGAGGAUUAUUACCGGUGCAAAACAUGUUCCUUCUCUCUUCACCAUGUGUGCUACAAGAUGCCCUUAAUCACAAACCACCCUUCUCAUCCAAGCCACGAUCUAGUCCUCCUUGUUAUACCUUCAUCACCUUCCACCAAAGCCACCCUCCACUGCGCGGCAUGUGGCCACCACGUGACAGGUUUCUGCUACCACUGUGCUGAAUGUAGCAUCUUCUUUCACUCUCUGUGUCUUGCACUUCCCGUUUCCCUCGCAAUCAUCUACCAUCCCCACGAAAUCAAGCUUGAGUAUUCACCACCCUAUGAUUUCUUCUGUGACUUGUGCAACAAACCUAGUUACAACGGGUGGCUCUAUAGGUGCACCAUGUGUGAAUUCGAUACACAUGUAGCUUGUGCCGUUGCAAACUUAGAGCCACAUUUGUUCCAAAGUCCGUCUUUCUCUCAACCGAGCCCUUUGUUAAGGCAACUUACGAGUACUCACCGAGUGGAACACACAAGGGUUAGUGGAAGUGUUGGUGAUAGCGUCAAAGGGUAUGACUAUUUGAUCAUGCGUUUGGUGGCACAACAAAUUGGUGGGGGAAUCAGAGAAAAAUUUGACUCUGGAUGGGACAAGAGAUUAUAUAGUAGUACAAGGAUAAGUCAUAACAGAAACAAUACUGGGAGUGGGAAGAUGAAGAUUGUUGGACUUGAAUUAAAAAAGAAAGAAAAACAGAAGACCACUUAG